UCAAUCCUGAUUACACUUCUAAUAUUAAAAUUGAUAAUAAUCAAGGCUGGCAGCAAGUUCUUGCUGCAUUGAAAAAAUACAAAGAACAGACUCAAAUUAACCUCGAAUGGGAGGAAUUUUAUUAUCGAGUAAACCAUGUUCAGGCGAUGUAUAAUCAAGUUAAGCGAACCGAUGAACAUUUGCAAAAAGAAGAAAUUAAUAAGUUAAUUAAGUCCUCAAUACCUGGUUACGAUUCUCAAAAUAGUUCUUUUAAUGAAUUUUCACGUUGGAAAAAGUUUUAUAAUUACAUCGUUUUAUUAAUAGAAAAUCCUAAAUUACAAGAGAAUAAUAUUCCGAUUGAUUUUCGUUUUAAUCAAUUUAUUGG